AUGCAUAAUCAGGUCGUUAACCGCUUCCGCACGCCCGAAGACCUUGGCCAUGGGGGAACGCAGAUCGCGUUCGACGUUAGCUGGUUACGAUUCGACGAGAUUGGACAUGAUCUAUUUACGGACUCCGAUAGUCUAUCGUACGCGUCGCUGAGCCGCUCCUCCUCGCUGAUCCAGUUCGAAUCGUUGGAGCGCCAGCUGCAGAAUGAGUCGGCGGUGAGCCAGCAUCCACUGUCCGGGUCCUCCCCGUCCCUCUACUCGAGCGAAUCGAACUCGCUGGUGGUGCCGGGAAGCGGUGGCGACACGACGGGGCCGGGUGCAGCGCGGACUGCGGAUGCACUCAGCUUCUACGGGGUGCCUUCGGGUGCGCGGAUGCCGAAGGGGGCCAGCACCGUUGGGCAGGGUAGCAAUCUGCUGACGACUUCGAACCUCAUUCAGAAGAGCAUCGGCCAGUCGACGGCACUGAACAUUAGUGACUCGGAGCUGUACUCGACGUCGUCCAGUGUGAGCAGUAGCAGCAGCAGUAGCGGUGGAAGCUGUGGAAGUGGCGCCAGUGGUGUGAGUGGCCGCGGGGACAGUAGUAGCAGUAACGCGAGCUCGACCGGAAGCAGCGGCUACCGGUACGCCAGUGACGAGUGCCACGUGGCACGUGCUGCAGCACGCGACAGUUCUUCGGCGCGAACCACGACGGAAUCCCCGGAGGACACGGGCGACACCGAGGAGGAGCUGCUGAGUGCGACGGUGCGGGGUUGCGGCGCGGCCCGGUGCUCCGAACGGCGGCAGCACUCGGCGUGCCGGGGCAGCACCGCGCGCAACAAGAACUCGAUCGAGAGCCUUAGCGAGGACAGUGGCUACUGCGACCAUCUGCACGUGAGCAUGAGCGGGAUGCGCGUGAGGUCGAAGAGCCUGACGAACUUCGGUUCGGCCGAAAACAUCACGUUUAUCUGUGGCAACGGUGGGGGCGGUUUGUUUGACCCGCCGGCGGCGUUGAUCCCGGCAGCGGGUCGUGGAUCGCACUCGAUGACGCAGCCACACCAUCACCAGCAGCAACCGCUCAGUAUGGAUUACAUCCCGGUGGAACCGAGGCAUGUAUCGUUUAGCGAAAAUCGUCUCUCUACCGUGUGCGACGUGGACGAGGAGGAGGAGGAGGAGAUGGAGGACGAGGAAACGGUGGGGACGACGGGAGACGGGAGGACAACAAUCGAACGGAAUCAAGCGAACGGCGAUGAUGGCCACCGUACGUGUUGGACGAAUAUUAAUAAUGGUACAAAAAUAGAGCACGAUCUGUGUAAACAACAAUCGGCCAGCGAAUCGCAACCGAGGCAGAGGCAACAGCACCAUCCGCCGGUCACGACCCUCCUCACCCCACCGACACCCCCGGACAGCAGUGGCGAAGCGUCGUUGGCGUCCUGCAGCGGUCGAAGCUGCUGCUCCUCGGGGUCUGCCAGUGCUUCUUCUUCAUCGUCGUCGGCGGAAUCGCUCUCUCGCGCACCGAUGGUGACAACGCUGAUGGCGUCGCAUUCAUCCGAGGCGACUAAAAAUAGUCCGCCCGACGUCGGUGGACGUCGCGCGCGUAGCAAGCCGCGCCGCCGCAUCCCGCUGUCGUUCAGCUCGCCGGAUCUGGUGCUGUUCGGCGGGGUGGCGGAUCGGUACCGGCGGCGCGCAACCGAACGAUCGUCAGCAUCGUCGUACGGUGGCGGCGGACCAUCGGCUCGCGCCGGUCUGUACGACCCGAUCAGUUUCACCGUGUCCAGCGUGCCGGAGUGUCUCAACCUGUACGGUGGGGUGCGCGAUUCGAACGGCAGUGACCAUUCGCUCGGCAGCGACAGUUCCAGUGUGUGUCAUAGUGGCAGCUACGGUUACGGUGGUUCGCUGCCGCCCUCGUCGGUCGCGAGCAAGAACUUUAACCUCUACGAUCUGCAGCAGCAUCAGCAGCAACACCAUUCACCGGUGGUGACGAUCGGGCGCGCGGAAGGAAGGUGCACGAAAACGGUCACGUUCCAAACGGGUUCGGGAGGGAGCAUCGCGAGUCCGGCCCGCCCGAAGCAGAACAUUCGUGCCAGUUACGCAAACCUCACCGCCCUCAACUACAGCGACGACGACGAGUUCGAGGACGGACAUGAGUACUAUCUGAGCCGUAACACGUUCCGCACGAGCAGUGGCACGAAGUUGGGCGGGGCAAGAGGAGCGACAGGAAAACCGCCGUCCACGAUGAACUCCCGUCCGAACGACGACGCGGACGACGGUGACGAGGAGAGCCGAAUAUUUCCCCUCGAUCGGGACGAAAAGAGCGUGUUCAACUCGCUGCUGGAGGAGAUCUCGGCACACUUUGACCGCAAUCUGUCGAUCAUCAACGAUCAGGCGGAGGCGUACGAGCCGAUCGCCGCGUUCCUGCUCGAACAGAAGUCCCUCGCCGGGGCCAAACGGCUGCAGACGUCGCUGAGUGGCACUGGGCCGGGACCCUCUUCCUCCGCGGUCGUUUCCUCCACACCACAAGCACCACCACGACGAACGCAAAUCAAAACAAACCCACAUCACCAACAACAGAACGCAACGUGUGCGACGGGCGCGCUGUCGCCCCCUAAGGCGUCCGGCAGUGUUCCUUCCCGAACCUUCGACCAGGACCCGACCAAUUUGGUCACCUGCUACGCCGCCAGCCUCGAACGGUGCACCUUCGAUCCGACCGAGUCGACGAGCAACCUCUGCCCAUUUGUGGGCGCCGGCCAGAGCCAGUCGAGUGAUCUGCAUACUAAUCGUGCCGUUGGAGCGUCGCGCUAUUCGACGGUGAAGCGUGAAUUCGUUGCCAGUACGCCCAACCUUAACUACUACCACGGCGGCGAUGGUGGUGGAGGUGUCGGUGGCCAUCACAACUCGCUGCGGAACGUUUCCUCCUGCCGCUCGGCCGGGAUCCUAACGACGGCGGCCACCACAACCAGCUCGUCGCGCUGUGGCCUCUCGAAGGGUGUCAGCUUCUGCCCGAUCGUGUCCGAGAUCAUCUGGAAGAGCAACAGUGCGUCCGACAUCGAGCCGGACGACAAUGGGAGUAUCAUUUCGAAUCAGGACUUUGAGAUCGAUAUUGGGGACGAAGACUUCGAUGCGGACGACUACGAGCACGCGUACCUGCUGACGCAAACGAACACGCUGAUCAAUUCAAACAGUGUCGAGCAGUUCGAGCAGCUGGCUGCGUACGCGCCCGUCGGCUCGUCGAGCAGUGCUGGAAUGGUCGUAACGCGUAACGCUUCCUCCUCGCUCGAGGCGGUGACGGGUAACAACGAUCACAGCACGCAGCGAGACGAUCGCGAGCAGCAGCGAGUGAGAGCGCGCAGUGACGGGGCGCUAGAGCGGGACGGCAGCUCGUGCACCGUCGAUUACCCGAGUCGCGUGAGUCAGCUGGAAAGCGCAGCGGACGACGGGUCGAUCAGUCGAGCGAUGAUCGGUAUCGAGAACGGUCGGCAGUGA